CAGAGCUGUUACAAAAUGUUGAAAAAUCUUUAAAUGAAAAAUCUGUGGAAACUAGAUCAGCUUUUGAAGUGGAUCUAAAAGUAUAUCUCUGUAAUGCUUCUUGCCAAGACUUUCAAAACCUGCAUAACCGCUAUGCCAAAGACGCAGAACUUUUGACAUGUAUCACUAAAAGAAAAGGUAUGGACUUGGCCGAGUUUAUCUAUGACUUCAGGAAAAGAGACCAGUGUCAAAGGAUGGCCCAAGCAUUCAUCUCCAUGGUCAUCAAGCCCACAGUCUUGGAUUACAUCAACAGACCCCUGGGGAUAUCUAUUGCAGAGGAGAUCCAAAGGAAAGCUCAGCAGUAUCACUCCUCACAGGCCUUCCACCAAAGCUUGCUGGAAGAGAUGAUUAAAGAAGAUCAAUUUGAAGUCUUCCUGGAAUAUCUGCUCUUCUAUGACAACUUCAGACUCAGGAAGAUCCAGGAAACAGUGACAGCUCACCUCACUGAAUCAACCAACCUGGGACAAUGGAGGCAUCAGAGACUCUGUGAGAUUGUAGGAAAAAUUGAAGAAGCAGUGAACGAAUCCACAGAAGGUAUCAGUGGAGUCCUGAAUGAUACAAAGCCACUGCUGGAGAGAGUGUGUCUCACUUUAGAGAAAGGGGAUGUUAAUGUGAUCAGGACCUGUCUGACUGGACCCCUGUUUAGCAUCACUGUAGAAUGGAACCGUUUUGCUAAAUGUUUACUGGAGUCAGUGGCUGCAAUGCAGAUGGACCUUGAUCAAGAGUUCUCCAAAAAUGUGGAUACUACCCAAUUUCUUAACUGUCUUCCAGUUCAGCCCCAAGACUACCUCUUCAAAAAAGUGAAAGGCUGUGACAAGCAAUGUCCUCUCUGCAGAGCCCCGUGUGAGGAGGAGGAUAUGGGGCAUGAGGGUCACAAUGCCUUGCUCCAUCGACCUAAAGGCAUGCAGCCUUAUGCCUCUAGUUCUGUAUCCUGCAUCAGUUGCCCUGAAAGCAUGAGCGAGGACAAGGACACACAUGAUACAUCCACAACAAGCAGUGUUCUCCAUUCACUUUACCCAGACUGGAGCUUCUCUCCUGACAACACAAAUAGCUCAAAGGCCAGUGAUUACUGGAGGUAUGUGCUGGUGAAGUUCAAUGAGAGGUUUGCACAGGAGUUUAAACGAGAGCCGACAAAGAUUCCUGAGGAAUGGAGGAAAAUCACUCAGGAACAGGCCUUAAACAGUCUGAAGGAGGUGUUCCUCACCAGAACGAGUGUUUAAAAUACUGCAUUCAGUUCAGCUAAGAAAGAACAUUUGUUCAUAUGUGAAAAACCAUAAUUCAACCAUGGAAUUUAGAUCCUGGGUUUUAAGGUUUCCCACCUGAUUUGAAAUAGAUGCAGAAGAAGGACUGCUCUGUGCUGAAUGUUAUUUAUUGUUUUUAACAGGUUCA